AUGGCCUCCCAUGAGCUUAAGCAAAUGGCGCCUGCCGCUCCACACGAGUUAGAGGGCCGCCCCUUGAGUAAAGAGACAGAUGAUGUCAAUUUGAUACGCUUGGGCAAGCGCCCUGUCUUAAAGCGGAAUUUCGGCUUGAUGUCAAUGCUGGGUUUUAGCUGCACGAUCCUCAUCACGUGGGAAGGUAUUGUCGUAUUAUUCUUGCAAGCGUUUCAAAAUGGAGGCCCAGCAGGAGCCGUGUAUGGUUUCAUCUUCGUUUGGGCUGGUGUUGCAGCGACCUUUGUGGUUUUAUCGGAGCUGGCAUCAAUGGCUCCAACAUCCGGCGGCCAGUAUCAUUGGUGCUCUAUGCUGGCACCUCCGUCUGCGAUGAAGCUCUUCAGCUAUCUGACAGGCUGGCUUACUGUCAUCGGGUGGCAAGCAACUUUUGCAACUUCGUGCUUUCUUUCUGGGACGCUCAUACAAGGCCUUAUCGUCCUCACGAACUCCAGUUAUGAACCCAAGAACUGGCAUGGGACUCUCCUUUUUUGGGCUGUCGCUGUUUUCUCCGUAGGGAUCAAUAGUGUAGGAGGGAACCUGCUGCCCCGUUUUGAGGGCCUGAUCCUCAUCCUCCACAUUCUCGGUUUCUUCGCCAUUCUUAUCCCGCUCACAUAUAUGGCGGACCACUCGAGUGCGGAGGAGGUGUUCACCCACUUCCUGAACCUGGGCGAAUGGCCCACGCAGGGGUUGUCAUUUUUUAUCGGUCUAGUCGGUUGCGUGUUUGCAUUUGCAGGGGGUGACGCUGCUGUUCAUAUGUCCGAAGAAAUCACAAACGCGCCAGUUGCUGUCCCACGUUCCAUCAUGCUUAGUGUUCUCAUCAACGGAACGUUGGGUUUCAGCAUGCUGAUCGCCAUGUUGUUCUGCCUGGGAGAUAUCGAGGCAGCCCUGGAGUCUCCAACGGGUUACCCAUUCAUGGCAAUUUUCCUCCAAGCGACGCGCUCUGUGGCCGGCACAGCAACCAUGGGCGCCAUCAUUACGACCAUGGGAAUUUGCACAUCGGUCGGCAUGUUGGCCUCAACAUCACGGCAAUUCUGGUCUUUUGCGAGAGACCGCGGAAUCCCUGGCUGGCGCUUAUGGAGCAAGGUGACGCCCGAAUCCGCCAUCCCGAUCUACUCCGUCGGCCUCACAACGAUAGUCGCCUGCCUCCUAGCCCUAAUCAACAUCGGCUCCUCGGUCGCCUUCAACGACCUCGUCUCCAUGUCCAUCUCCGGCCUCUACCUCUCCUACAUGGUCGUCGCCACCCUCCUCCUCUACAGACGCUGCACAGGCGGUAUCAGCAGCUCCAAGAGCAGCGAGGACGCCAUCGUCAACACAGCCGGCGCAAAGCUCGUCUGGGGCCCUUUCCAUCUACCGGGUAUCUGGGGCAUCCUGGUUAAUACCUUCGCGCUGAUAUAUAUGACGAUCGCAGUCUUCUUUAGUUUCUGGCCGCCACAGCAUACGGUUACGGUUGACACGAUGAACUUUAGUGUGGUUGGCACGGUGGGGGUUAUUAUUUUGAGUCUUGUGUAUUAUGUUCUAAGGGCGAGGAAUGUUUACGCGGGGCCUAUUGUUGAGAUGCAUCUUUGA